UCAGUCUCAAUUGGUUAUCGGAGUCGGGAGAGCGGGUCAUUGUGCAACUGCUAUCGUACAGGAAGCGCCAUAUUUGUCCGGAUUAUAAAUGUCGCAGGAGCAUAUCGAAGUCAGGGCUUUGAUCAAAAUCCUGAGUUAAGUCCUGAAGUGAAGAUCAUAAGCCUGAAUUAUGAAUCUGGUGUGAGUGAUGUUUAAAAUGAUAGCAAAAUGACUACGAAUUCAAAUAAAGGUGGCAAACGAAAAGUUUCUAUCGACAACUUCAUCGAUAGUCGGGAUAACCAAUGUUGUAAGAGGAUUUCGUAUUUCGCAUGUGUGUGUGGUGUUGUUUCUUUACUAAUACAAGCAUACAAUUAUGUGGACAAUGCUGAAAUUAAUAACAUUCUCGAUGUGGAUAAUAGUGCAGUGAAAAGUGUUAUCGAUAUGAAAAUAGAAGAAAAAAUUGAAGCGUAUCUACUUCAAGUAACUGGUACUACUUCGCAUAGGCUAAAAAGGGAUGCUAUGCUUAAAACAUCUUCAGUGAUGCAAGAGGACUACACGGAGGGGCCUCAUGUGGAGUUUUUCGACCCCAAGAUAAAGUCACAGCUGGAGAUGAAGGACACGAACGAGAUGAAACGGACUGGCGCUAAGGGGGCAGCGCCUGGAGGUGACACCUGGGUGUGGCUGACCAGUUACUCGAGAGUACCCUACAAAGUAGUUCAAGGCUUCUGCAAAGCGACACAGGAUUAUUGUCCGCCUGGUGUUCGAGGACCCAGUGGUCCUACUGGGCCUACUGGACCGAAGGGUGACAGAGGAGACCCAGGUGCUCCUGGUACAUCAGGGAGUCCAGGGUUGAGAGGUCCCGGUGGGCCACCAGGUCCAAAAGGAGAGCGUGGUUUCCCUGGCAAUCCGGGGCUAGAUGGGCGAGAUGGAGUUCCCGGUGAACCAGGCUUGGACGGCUUAUCGGGUAGGAAUGGAGCAGAUGGCGCCCCUGGAAAGGACGGGCGAGAUGGUAUACCGGGCAAGGAUGGUAGCCCCGGGAAAAACGGGAAGGAUGGGAAAGAUGGUCGACCUGGAGCUCAAGGGCCUGCUGGUGUGAGAGGGCCUAAGGGGGACCGAGGUCCGAUAGGGCCCAAAGGUCAGCGAGGAAAUGACGGACGCGACGGACUCCCAGGCAAACCCGGCUUGUCGAUCUACAACUACACUAAAGAAAACCAAAUGUUUAUACCUCCCACUUUUGCACUGGACAACCCAAGGUUAAUAGUGAGGGAAGGUGACACAAUGCGAAUAGAUUGCAACCCAAAGGCCUUCCCCGAGGCAGCUAUCGAGUGGAGAAGAGCAGAUGGGACUCCUAUUAUACAGGGCUCUUGGCGUGACGCGUCAGUAAGCGGGCACGUCUUGAACAUUCCGAAUGUGUCGCGAUGGCACACUGGCAAGUAUGUCUGCCUCGCCAACAACGGCAUGCAACCGCCCGCCAACCAGACCACAGACGUGGAAGUUCACUUCAGUCCAUACAUACGGGUCCCGAAUAACAUCCUCUACGUCCCUCAUAACAACAAAACGGCCAAAAUUGAAUGCGAGAUCCAAGCGUGGCCAGAACCUGUCCUAGCAUGGGAAUGCGAUGGGCUAACUCUAGAAGGAUCUCGCUUCAAGAUGGAUGUUGCUACUACCGGUGAUCCUUGGAGAUGGAUCAUGCGACUGGAGAUAGCGAACUUCAGGGAACAUGACCUGAGGCUAUACAGCUGUGUGGCGAAAAAUGAGCUCAAUAACAAGACUGUUAAGGGCCAUAUUAAAUUGAUGUAUGCUGGCCCCAACCAACAAAACCAGAUCCAGCAGCCCAUGGAAUUCGGUUCUCCACCACCUAUCCUCACUUCCUACGAGGAGCUGUGCAAGGUGCAGAAGUGUCCAUCUUGUGCUCGCUGCGACCGCGCUCUGCUACUCAUCUCUACUAUGAACUCUACCGCUGGAUACAAGCUGUCGAGGAAUCUUAAUUGUCAACUAUACGCCAUCGGCAAACCUGUCUACCAUCGAUAUAAAGAAGAAUUAUUUGGAGCAUGGUUAAGAGACUCCAAUGCCUCUGACAGUCAGAAAGAGAAACUCUGGACAACACAAGAAAACGAUGUAGAAAGACUUCGAGAAUACAGGAGCAAAGCCAGCUUUAAAUCUGACCAAGUCGAUGAAUUUCAUAAACUGCAGAAGCCAUUUUUUGGUAACGGCCAUGUAGUGUUCAGUGGAUCGUUCUUCUACCAGGCGAACGAGUCCGGUAACCCAGGAGACAUCAUUCGCUACGACCUCACGCAAAGCAGAAUCAAAUCCGUACACUUGCCCCACGCUGAUGGGAGACUAUACAGUGCCCAACACAAUCAGGUGGACUUCAGUGCAGAUGACAACGGUCUAUGGGCCAUCUACUCAAUAGCGGAGUCGAACAACACCGCUGUCGCCAAGCUGAGCUUUGACCCGAACAGAGACGACUUCAAUAUCGACUACAUUUGGAACAUCUCUUUGAACCAUAAACAAAUGGGUGAAAUGUUCAUAGUAUGCGGGGUGCUAUACGCCCUGGACUCAGCCACAGAACGAGAAAGCAAAGUGACCGUGGCCAUAGACUUGUACCUCAGCAAGCCGGUAGAAGUGUCACUGCAGUUUACUAACCCUUUUAGAAAGACAACGCAACUGGGCUAUGACCACAUGCAUAAGGAGCUGUAUUCAUGGGAUCGCGGUAACCAGUUAACGUAUCCAGUCAGAUACAACGAGUUACCUUGACAUUAGUACUAAAUUACUACUUAGCACAAGUAGGUACUUGGGAUGAAAGGAACUACUCUUUGGGGAAAUUACUCUUAUCUAGUGCAUUGCUUUAAUUGUGCAGUUUAUGCCUACUUAAGCGUUUAAGAGAUACAAAUUACACACUUUAAGGCUAGAUACACAUCUGGUGGAGUUUCACGAGUGGGAUAAAGUCGUGAUUUUUAGCAUUCUGUCUGCGUUGAUUAAGGCCGAUUCACACCAAGCACGUAAACGUGACACGCCCGUAGUGAGGCGCGUGAAUCCGUAUACAUAACUGCACGCAUUACGUCUACGCGAACGUUCACGCCACGCUAGUGGUAUGCUAUGUCUCAUACAGUUCCAUACAUUACAACGCAAUGGUACGCGCUACGUCUACGCUCACGCGACGCAUACGCGGCCUGUGUGGCCAGCGCUUUAAUAAGGCAUUUAGUGCGUGCAAGUCUAUUUUACGGAUUUUCACUAUAUUUUUCUCUAAGUAGCCUUAUAUUUAAAAAAAUACCUUCUUUCAGAUUACGCACAAAUCUUGCGGAAUUUUGCGUGUGGAAAAACGCGUGCGGAAUUUUUCUUUGGUCAUUUGUCCGCAUAGCGCUCUAUUUUGUGAAUUCCAUGUGCAUAGUCAUGCAAGCGUGUACCUUUACCGUGCGGAAUUCCGCUAGGUUUGUUCCUAGCCUUAAAAGCAGAAUAAUAUACUGCAUGAUAUAAUAAAGAUACGUGGCUACAUUUUAUACUUUUAUAGUCAAGUAUUACUAUGUGAUUCAAGUAAAAUGAUUGACGAUAUACCUACCUACUUGUAAUGCUAAGCAAAUAACUUUUACCUAAAUUCAAAGUUUAUAUAGGUAAAUAGGUACCUUAUAUGCUAAUUACGAAGUGUCUUUCCGUCAAUCAUUUUAAUUGAAACUUAUUAUAGCUAAAAAUCAAUUGUACAAAUGUA